AUGAUUAAAGAUUACGACCAUUUAUUCAAGCUCGUCAUUAUCGGAAAUAGCGGUGUUGGCAAAUCUUCUUUAUUGCUUAGAUUUAGUGACGAUCAAUUUAACGAAAGCUAUUUAACCACAAUUGGUGUUGAUUUUAGAUUCCGUACUCUUCCUAUUGAUUAAAAGUAAGUUAAGCUUUAGAUUUGGGAUACUGCUGGUUAAGAACGUUUCAGAACAAUUACUUCUGCAUAUUAUAAGGGUGCUGAUGGUAUUGUUAUGGUUUACGAUGUCACAUCUGAAAAUUCUUUCUAAGAUAUUGAUAAAUUUUGGAUUAGCGAAGUAGAAAGCUACGCUGAAAAGAAUGUUGAAUUACUUCUCAUUGGUAAUAAGAGCGACCUUGAAAAACAAGUUUCAACUCAAACAGCUUAAGAAUACGCUAAAUCAAAAAAUAUGGAAUUCUUUGAAUGUUCUGCUAAAACAUCAGAUUCUGUCUAGUAAGCUUUUCUUACCUUAGCUCGUAAGCUUAUGAAUAAAAAAGAAUAAUUAAAUAAGCCUAAGUAAUACGCUCCUUAAGGUGGAUCUACUCAACCUCGUUAAAAUCAAAGUCUCUCUAAUAGAAACAAUGUUUAGAAGCAAGAUAAGGGUUGCUGUUGA